AUGCCCUCCAACCCCGCCAAGCGGAAGCCCUUUCCGUCGGGCCCGCAUGGCUCGACGGGAGCAGCUCGAAAGCGCGCCAAAACCUUUGACGCGCGCACCCUGGCCGUGCAGUCGACUGACGCUGCCCUCUCCGCAACAGGCGAGCUCGAUGUCGCCGCGUACGCUGCUGCUCGAGCAUUCGAAAUCCAAGCCCUGGAGGAGGGAAUGCAACGAUCAAAAAAUUCCCUUACUAGCCGAGCUUUUCAAAAAGUGCCUCGCGCAUUGCGACGUCGAACUGCGAGCCAUAAUGUCAAACGGGUCCCGCGAAGGCUGAGGGCGCGGGCAAAGCGAGAGAUGGUCGAGGACAACACACCUACCGUGACUGCUCGAAGACGCAGGCCCACCCAGCUGAUGCGCAUCCGUCUCGAAUCUGCCCGCCGCUUGCAAAACCUCAAUGCCCGGACGAAAAACAAACGCCUCGCCGCGAAAAUUGCCCGAGACAAGGUGACGAAGGAAGAACUGAAGGAGGAAGGAAGCCACAGCUUCGAUAUCGCCCCUCGAAUCCCCAAAAUCAAAAAGAAUAAACUCUCGAGGCCGCCGCCCGCCGAUGCAAAAUACCGCAAGCGCCAAAAAUGCAAGACGUGGCUCCCAACACAUUUAUUCCAUGCGAAGCGAGCACACAUGGCAACAACCAAGAACCCACUCUGGAGAUUUGCCGUUCCUCUGUCCCCUACCGAAAAAAGCUAUCGACCUACUCAUAGGGCCCGCGGCGCCCGCGGUGCUAUGGCGUGGGAUAUGAGCUAUAUGUCAACUAUACAGCUCGAAGGUACCGAGUCGUGCAUCGAAGCUGUGUUACGUGCGGUCGGUGUCAAUGGAGAAGAGACAUGGGGCAAGCAGGGCAAAAAGUGGAAAGCUGGCACUAGGUCUUUGCAUGCGUGGACGUUCGAGAAGAACCACCCUACCAGGCCGACUGCUCCUGUCACCUUGAUCUGGUGUGUUGCACCGCAGUCGGAAGAUGUUGAAAUGGUCGACGCAGACAAACCCUCGUCUACUUCCAAAAAGUCACGACGGAAGCUCUGGGUCCGUGUCCAUCCCUCUGCCUUUAUGCAAUUAUGGAGCGAUUUGCUCGAGGCAUCAAAACGUCAGAAUCCUCCAGUCAUGAUCGAGGAUUUGAGGUUUGAAAUUGGAAGUAUCGAAAUCACCGGCCCAGGUUCAACAGAAGCUUUGCUAGCGGCGCUACGGCCUCUGCAGAGCCCUGAAAAAGCAGAGAGCCCAGAGAAGACCUGGUCCUCGCUACUAGGUGUAUCAAACCCGUCAUCUUUGCCGCAGAAUGCGCUGUUGUCUUUCGCUGUCUCGGAUCCCCGCCUGGAAUUUCCACCUCGCACGCUAAAAUUUCCUGAAAACGAGUCUCAUAUGAAUGACCUUGCCAUUUUGCUCGCUAAAUGGACUCCAGAUCAGACACUGGGUUCAUCUGAGCUUUUCGAUCGGCCUUGUCGGCUCGCAGCUGCACGCCAACUGCCCAGCCAGAAAGCCAUCAACCGUCGUCGUACACUUUCGGGGCCUGGGAAAUUCCCUGACCCUAAGCCUACGGACCCACGGAUUCCUGUCAUGAUUCUUGCCAACCGUUCACGAAGCCAUCAGAAUCGGAACUCCGCUCCUGGAUCGUGGACAGUCCUCCUACCAUGGAAAUGUGUGGUCCCAGUGUGGUAUUCUCUCAUGUAUUACCCGCUCGCGAGCGGUGGCAACCCUCGAUUUGGGGGUGUAAAGCAACAGCAACAGCUUGCCUUUGAAGCGGGUGAGGCUUGGUUCCCUGGCGACUUUCCCGGUACGCGGGCUGGAUGGGAAUGGAAUCAGCGCGAGGCUGAAAAUUCCCGACGCGAAUGGGAAAGACGACCCAAGGGUCGUCGCAUUGAAUUUGACAGCAUUGUCUUGGGCGUGGAUCAUCCCAAGGGGGAAGUUGGGCAUGGUUGGGCCUGUGACUGGGAGAGACUGGCUCAAAGGCCGCCUAAUGAUAUGCCCGUCGACAAAAAUCAUUCUCAAGAAACAGCCAAUGCGGCCGAAUCCGAUGCCAAAGAUACAGCUGAUAUCAAUAUUCCACCUUCCGACCUUCACAAUCUACGACUUCCAACACGCGAUACAAACAAAACUCUCUCCAGCCUCACCAAAACACACACAGGACCCAAUGCGCUCUCCACAGUUUACGUGACACUAACCCACCGCGGCACACCUACUCCUUGUGCACGCAUCUACCGCCUACCCACAAACCCCUUUUUGCGCCAGAAAUGGCUGGAACUGGCUUCGGCCACCAAACAGAAGUCAAAUGAGCAGAAAUUCAGACCCCGAACAUCUUCGGCUGUCUCAGACGAGGAAGCCCGUCGUCAACUGGCCGAGUCACUCAUCUCUGCCGCUCCUGAAGACUCCCAAUCGGACUUCCUGGACGUCCCCACGGAAGAAGAUCUCAUUGGCUUCAUCACCACUGGAAAUUACAAUCUUUCCGAGGGCAAGGGUACUGGCAUUGGAUCAGUCCUGCUGUCGAAGGUAAUUGCACCUGAUGUCACGCCUUCUGAAAAGAGAAUGUGUAUUGUCCGAGCUGCCGGAGAGAAAAUUGGCAGGCUUGGAACUUGGGAGUUGAUCUGA